CGAUAACUUGGCUGCAAUAUACUACAUACGAAACGACAACUCUACCUGACAGACGAAGAGAUUUUGGGGGAGGUGCAAAAACGCUUCUACGACUUCUUACACACAGAAACAUACAUACAUAUACAUAUAUACUUUCGUAGCUACAUUAAAACGAACGAAUAUAAAAACCAAGAAGAUACAGAUAACAAAACAGAACUUCUCAAAAGCCACACACACACCGAAACGCAAGGCAAACGCUUUUCACGUUAAUAGCAGCUGCAACGCUGAAUCAAAGCGAUAUUAUGGCACACACACAUCUCGGCAGAGCGGUGAAAAAUAUCGAGGCGCCGCGUCCGCUCAAGACACAGUCACGUUCAUCGCUGAAGAGCAGCUAUCUGGUGAUCGAGGAGCUAAUACAGCUGAUUGAUAAUGUAACCGUGGGUCUGCAGGCCUGUAAUACGACCACGGAGUCGAUUACAUUGUUGCUGCAUAACUUGCGUGUGCAUGGACCGCAGCUGGAGGCAUUAUCAAAGGAUACGCUGGAUCGUGCAUUCGUUGUGUUUCGCAACGCUUCGCAGGACGAACGUCUUAACAUAAUGACACGACUCAAGCUGCUCGAGCUUAUUGAACUCCGCGCCAAUAGCUGGGAGGACAAAGACACAAUCGCUUACUACAAGACCAAGCAGCAGGUGUCCAAUGUUGAGCUGCCAACUGAGCCUUAUCAACACGAUGCUGCUGGCAAUCAGCAAGCCUAUCUCAGCACCUCCCCCACAUUUGGUGUUAGCGCUGCGGCCGCUGCUGCUGCCGCUUUUAAUGCGGCCAGUGCCGUUGCUGCGGCACAAGCUGCAGCCAUUGCAGCUGUCGGUUCCCCAAAUCAGCAGCAUCUGCUAUUGCCGCCCGGUGAGGUUAUACGCAACUCUGGCAAGUUUCCCAAGCCAACAAAGAUUCCUGGCAAGACUUACUGCAAGGACGAGGUGGUUAUACGCAAUGCUGAUUCGGGAAAGGUCAUGGGCAUUAAGGGCCGACGUGUGCACAUGAUCGAAGAACUUAGUGAAACUAUUAUAUCCUUUCAAAGAGUUAAUCCUGGGGCCAAGGAACGUUUGGUGCAGAUUACCGGACCGGCUGAAGACAAGAUUAAUUAUGCCAAGCAACUUAUGGAGGACACCAUUCGUCGUAAUGCAUCACCAGUGCGUUUGGAGCCUGCUCCCUCGGCUGGUGGCGCUGGCGGUUCCUGUUCGUCGCUGAACUCGUCGAACUCGGAUGAUGCUACCGUGCAGCCGCGCACACCUGGUGCCAACAGCAGCUUGGCCAAUCGUCUGAGCUUUAAUUCAGCACAGAAUUUUAUGACUGCUACAGCGGCGGCGCAACAAAUGUCGCAGCAUCAUCAACAGCCGCAGCAACAUCAUCAUCAUCAUCAGCAGCAGAUUGUCAAUGCGGCAACAGCUGCUGCCGGUAAAGUUAUGCGACCCAAUCAACAGCUGCUUAUGCAUUCAUUUUCCACAAAUGAUGCUUCCGUAGGUGAAUAUAAGUUCACGGUGAAUGUGGGCCAACACCUCAUCAAGAUCACCGGUGAUUGCUGUGAGCUAGUGCGCGUGGCCAAGCUGGUCUUGGACGACUACUUUAGCAGCUCGGAAUUCUUGGCUUCCAUGGAGGCAGGCGCCGCGUUUGAUGGGACAUCGCUGGUCAGCCCAGUUACCACGCCUUCAACUCCACUGCCAGGUGCUGGGCCGCCACAGUUCAUGAUGGGUAACGCUUUGCCGCUGACAGUGGCCGACAGCGGAAUUGGACUGAAUUAUGCAGCUGGACAGGGCAAUAACAAUGGUGAUGGUGAUGAUGAGGUGUUUGCUGAGUCAACAGCCGGCAAUGGUAGCACCAGUCAGAAUGGAUUAGCCCGCUCGCGUCGCAGUCACUUUUCGCGUAAGGAGUCUACGCCGGAGACAAAGGCAGCACGCGAAAAAUUCGAGGAAGAAAACACUGAUAAUCCGCUAAAGACUAACAACUCACGCAUCUCGUACGAUAUUGAGCAUUUGAUGUACUACUCGAAGAGUCCUCAUGCUUGGGCGCUGCCCACAGCCUGGCCAAAAAUGAAGGAAGUGGCACCAUCGAUUCUACGCAACAAGGAUCUACAAGAUGAGAGCCAGCGUUUCGAUGGUGAAAUAUAUCUAGCUAGCCUAAAGAGUGCAGAUAAACGAAAUAUUGUCGCCGCCGACGAAACUGAGAAUGUGGAUGAAUAACAGCAGAUCCGGGCAGAUAUACAUGCAUACUAUAUAUAGCAUUAAAAUCAAAAUGAACGAUAUUUAGUUAUUUCAUAAUUUGACCAUAGCUAUUUUUUAUGUAUAUGUGUUUACCCACGUGUGUAUGUGUUUCUGGUGAGUGUGCGUAAGUCUGAACUAUAGAGACGUCGCACUUAAACAGCCUGCAACACAGUUACACGAACUUUUCUAACUGUUUUUGUCGUACUUUCUUUAAGCUUUAUGAUUAUAAAACGACCAAAAAACCUAAAGAAAUUUUAAAUUAAUGAAUCGUAUAACUACGAAACUUUGCACGGAAUUCAAAGUGUCCAAGCGUUCAACACUUUAACGAUGCUCUUAGUUAAGUUUCAGUAACGAUCAAUUUCUAUCUAAUCUACUCUAAUAUUAUAAUCAAAAUGCAGCUCGAAAAACUUAAGCAACUACACGAACUUUAAACGCAAAAAAAGGGAAUGAAUGGAAAUGCAUUUUUAUUAAAUAGAAAGCGAAAUUAUAAUUUUGUAUUUGCAACUUGACAUUUUUCAAUCAACCAGCACUUUGAAUUUGCUCAUUAGUUUGAUUUUUCAUACAUUUUGUUUUAUGUUUAUGUAUUCUUUCUCUAGUCCAAUGCGUUAUGGAAAUUUUUCUACAUUUAACAACGUUAAC